CCUAGCCGCCUGCUAGCGCUGCAUAUUAAUCACACACCGCCAUGGCCGCGCCCUCGCAAUACUCCCAGCUGCUGCCCACUCUACUGAUCCUCGCGGCGGCGACUCACCUGAUCCUGGCUGCCAAUCCUGAUGAGCAGAAGAAGCCGAUCACACUUCCCGGUUGCCCCGACAAGUGCGGCGACAUCAGCAUCCCCUACCCGUUCGGCACCAAACCCGGCUGCUUCCUCCCGGGUUUCGACGUCACCUGCAACCGCUCCUUCAACCCGCCUCGCGCUUUCCUCAACGCAACUGCAAACCAACAUUACGUCGGUGAGCGAUACUACUCGGAGGCGUCGCCGAAUCCGACCGGUGCCCUUACCGGAGACAGCCGGUCGGUCUGGCCGUUCGAGCUCGUCGACGUAUCGCCGGCGAAGAGCGAGCUGCGUGUGUACGGAGCGAUCAGGUCCGACUGCAGCGACGCCAGCAGCAGGAACCACACCGUCAGGCUGCAAGGCACGACGAUGAACAUCAACUCGGAUGGCCCCUUCUUCCUCUCGCCGCUGCGCAACGCCCUCGUCGGCGUCGGCCUCAACGUCCAGCCCAAGAUGGUGCGGUCACCGUCGAUCGACACCACCACGGGCUACAUGCUCGCCUGCCUCUCGUACAUCGCCGACGACAGGCUUGCGCAGAGCGGGUCGUGCACGGGGCAGGGUUGCUGCCAGGCGACCUUCAGGGCCAGGCCUGAAGCUUCCAUCUUCAGCUACAACUACUUCUCAGUGGCGUUCCAGAAACAGGACAACACGUACGGGACUGGCCCCAAGCCCCCGUGCACCUACGGCAUGGUGGUGGAUAGCUCAUGGUACAACUUCUCGACGGAGGACAUGUACAACUACGAGGCGCUGCCCAAGAAGUACCCAAGAGGUGUCCCCUUCGUGCUCGAUUUCGCCGUCGGCGGCGGCUCGUGCGCGGCGCCUCAAGGCACCGGAUGCAGCGGCAACAGCUCUUGUGCCGACGCGCCCAGCGGCGCCAAAGGCUAUGUCUGCAGUUGCUUGACAUUUUACGAAGGCAACCCAUACAUCCCUAAUGGAUGCCAAGACAUCAAUGAGUGCUCCGAUCAUAGUUUGAAUGGUUGCCACCACACUACGACCUGCGUGAACAGACAGGGUGGCUAUGACUGUAAAUGCAAACCCGGAAUGACACGCCGUGGGACUGAAGGACCCUGCACCGAGAAAUUCCCCCUACCAGCGAAGAUCAUCGUCGGUCUCUCUGCCUUGGUUGUUGUCUCUGUACUCGUGUUUAUGGUAAAUCAGAUCCUAAAGCUCAAAAGGUUCUAUGAACAAAAUGGUGGUCCAUUACUAGAAGGUGUAAAGAAUAUAAGGAUUUACACCAGGAAACACCUUAAACAAAUAACAAAUAACUACAAAAAUUCCAUUGGAGAGGGUGCCUUUGGUAAGGUUUACAUGGGAACUCUCAAGAACGAACAGCCAGUAGCUAUAAAGAAGUCAAUCAAAGUUGAUGAGGAGAGGAAAAAGGAGUUCACUGAUGAGGUUAUAAUCCAAUCUGAAAUGAGACACAAGAACAUUGUCAGGCUCUUAGGUUGUUGUUUAGAGCUAGAUGUCCCCAUGCUGGUUUACGAGUUUGUAGCAAGGGGAAGUCUGUAUGAUUUUCUCUUUAAAAGAAGAGAGAGCAUUCCAGUUGAUACACGUCUGAAGAUUGCUAUUGGGUCAGCUGAAGGUCUAACAUACAUGCAUUCUGCUGGGGAGAGUACCAUCCGUCAUGGUGAUGUUAAGUCUGCUAAUAUUCUUCUUGACGAAGAAUUCAACCCAAAAGUUUCAGACUUUGGGACCUCAAGUCUGCUGGCACGAGGAAAGGCGGAGAUGACAGAGCGUGUCAUUGGGGACAUGAGUUACAUAGAUCCGAUAUACAUGGAACAAGGGAUCGUCACACAGAAGAGUGAUGUGUAUAGCUUCGGAAUUGUUCUUAUAGAGCUUGUUACAAGGCGGGCUGCAACGUAUGAUGAGAAGAGGAGCUACAUUGAAAACUUUGUUGGUGCUUGUCAAGACAAUAGAGCAAGGUUCUUCUUUGAUAAUGAUGUCACAUGUGAGGACGACAUUAUGAUCUUGGAGAUGGUAAGUGGAGUCGCUGUGGAGUGCCUGAGGCCUAAUCCAGAAGAACGCCUAGAUAUGAAACAAGUGGAACACCACCUUAGGGGUAUAGUUGGACAAUCUGCACAGAAUGGGCAGGAGAGAGGAAACUUCAGGGGAGGACUUAGUCCUGCACCGGAUGAUGUUGCUUUGCUUAAUUAAGCCUGGGAGAAUGAUGCACCUACAACUUAAGCACAUGUAAUGUUUUGCACGUUUCAUCUAUAGUCAAGUAAUUUUAUUUUGUACUUAUCAGUUUUAUACGUUUUGUCAAGAUUCAAAAUCGACACCGU